AUGUCUGCCGAAGAGGAUCUCAUCGACUACUCCGAUGAAGAGCUUCAGACCACAGAGGCCCCUGCCACCAAUGGCGCGGCUAAGAAAUCUGCGGCGACAGCUACUGUCGGCGACAAGACCAAGGGCAGUUAUGCAGGCGCCCACUCGUCCAGCUUCCGCGAUUUCCUGCUCAAGCCCGAAUUGAUUCGAGCCAUUACCGAUUGCGGUUUCGAGCAUCCUUCGGAGGUCCAGCAGAACUGCAUUCCGCAGGCCCUCCUCGGCGUCGACGUGCUCUGCCAAGCCAAAUCUGGUCUCGGUAAGACGGCCGUCUUCGUCCUCACAACCCUCAACCAGCUGGAGCCCGUCGAUGGUGAAUGCUCGGUCCUAGUCAUGUGCCACACCCGCGAGUUGGCCUAUCAGAUCAAGAAUGAGUACGCUCGCUUCAGCAAGUAUCUGCCCAACGUCAAGACAGGUGUCUUCUACGGCGGAACUCCAAUCCAGAAGGAUAUCGAAAUCAUCAAGAACAAGGAGACUUGCCCCAACAUCAUCGUCGGCACCCCCGGGCGUCUCAAUGCUCUUGUUCGCGACAAGAUCCUAUCACUCCGCAAUGUCAAGUCUUUCGUCCUUGAUGAGUGCGACAAGAUGUUGGACCAGAUUGACAUGCGUCGUGACGUCCAAGAGAUCUUCCGUGCCACUCCAACCGAGAAGCAGGUGAUGAUGUUCAGCGCCACUCUCUCUCAAGACAUCCGACCUAUCUGCAAGAAAUUCAUGCGCAACCCCCUGGAGAUCUACGUCGAUGACGAGACCAAGCUCACCCUGCACGGUCUCCAACAGUAUGCUAUCAAGCUUGAGGAGUCGGAGAAAAACCGCAAGUUGAACGAUCUCCUCGACUCGCUUGAGUUCAACCAGGUCAUCAUCUUCGUGAAGAGUACUCUCCGUGCCACCGAACUUGACAAGCUCCUGCGCGAGUGCAAUUUCCCCAGCGUUGCUGUCCACUCCGGUGUUAGCCAGGAAGAACGUAUCAAGCGCUACAAAGAGUUCAAGGAGUUCAACAAACGCAUCUGUGUGGCCACUGACGUUUUUGGUCGCGGCAUUGAUAUCGAGCGUAUCAACCUCGCCAUCAACUACGAUCUUCCUGCUGAUGCUGACUCAUACCUGCACCGUGUCGGUCGUGCCGGUCGUUUCGGUACCAAGGGUCUUUCCAUCUCGUUUGUAAGCACUGAGCAGGACGAGGAAGUGCUUAAGCAGAUUGAGAAGCGGUUCGAUGCCAAGGUUCCCGACUAUCCCAAGGAAGGCGUGGACAGCUCGACCUACAUGGCAUCCUAG